AUGUUACAUUGUGAGAAAGCAAACUUGGAAAAUGAAGUUCUGGAAUGGCAAGUCCUAUGGUGGAGAAAGAUCUCAGAAAAUGUUGCUUUGAGAGAAGUGGCCAUCGAGAAUCAGAAAGGGAGAGGAAAAGAGCAGGAAGAAACAAAUACCUGA